GGCCAGGCGCUUGCGGACGGUCAAGAACAUUGCCGAUCUGAGGCAGAACCUGGAAGAGACCAUGUCCAGUCUGAGGGGAACCCAGAUCAGCCACAGUACCCUGGAGACCACCUUUGACGGCAGCGUCACCACAGAGGUCAGCGGGAGAGGCAUGCUCAACCUGUCCCCCCGCCCCAACCCAGCGCUGCCCUGGCGACUGGGCCCCUCCAGCCCCCGUCUGCAGGCGGGCGACGCCCCCUCAGUGGGGAACGGGUAUGAGGUGGCAACACGGGACAGUGCCAGUCGCAUGGUGAGCCCCGAGAUCGGGCGCUACCUCCGCGGCGGGCAGACACUAGGCCAGGAGAGGAACAGUGUGUGUGACCUGGACUCGCCAGAUAAUAUGGAGGAGCUGGAGGGCAUCGCCAUGGAGACCAUGGGGUACAUGAGCGACGGUGACGUGCUGGGGAAGAAUCUCCGCAUGGACAAAGUCUCCAGUGGCUAUAUGACAGACGGCGGGCUGAGCCGGUACACGCACUGCCUCAACCGCCUGCCAGAUGGCAUGGCCGCCGUCCGAGAGACGCUCCAUCGCAACACAUUCAAGGGCCAAGGGGACUGCACUGACAGUUGGGACGACAGCAGCUCGGUGAGCAGUGGGAUCAGUGACACCGUCGACACAGAUGACAUCAACACCAGCUCCUCAGUCAGCUCCUAUGUCAACACUCCGUCCGUCUCCUGCAAGGACCUAGAGGGCCAGCUCCAGACGGACGCGGAGAAGCACUCAGCCGUCGAGCAGAACUCUGUGUGGUCCAGCAGCGACGAGGUCAAGAGGUCAGACGGGGGCUCGGACAGCGGGUUCAAAAUGGAAUCGGGCUCCAAGUGGUGCCGCCGCCCCUCAGACAUGUCGGACGAGUCGGGCAGGAGCUCCUCGGACCGCAAAACGCCUUCCAUGGCCCACACAGGCUCCUGGAGGCGAGGCCUGAGUGCCCAGGUGGGCGUGACCUCGCCCAGGACCAAGGCACCUGUCACGCCAGUCUGCGGAACGCUGAAGACCCAUGGGACAGGUAAAACGGACGACACCAAGGUGUCUGAGAAGGGUCAUCUCUCGCCCCGGGCCAACAGCAGUAUGCAGCGCUCCCCAUCAGACACGGGCCGCAGCAGUGGAGACGAAGCCAAGAAGACCCCCUCCACCUCCAGCUCCAGCCGCACCCCCACCACCAACACGUUUGGCUUCAAGAAGCACGCAGGAGGAGGUAUGACCAUGGUGACAGCCAGUGGAGUCACCAUCACCGGUGGCUCUGCCACCCUGGGGAAGAUCCCCAAAUCAGUGCAGCUCCACGGGGGUCGGGGUCUUGGUCGCCAGGCCAGUGUGGAUGAUGGCUACCUGCCUGUGAGCUCCCACUCCACCCUGCAGUACCGCAGCCUCCCCCGGCCUAGCAGAGCCUCUGGUGGGGUUCGCAGCACCAACCGCUCCUCCAGCACCAGCAUUGAGUCCAACCUCAGCUCCAGGUCCAACAUUCACCACGGCCCCAAAAGCCGUAGCCAAGUCCCCAAGCCUAGCGCCGGUGGCAUCCCUCUGCCUGGCUCUGGAUCUAACCAGACAGACAAGGAGAAGGGGGUGUCCUCUGAAGCCAAUCCCAUGGCCCAGGGCUCAACAACUCUACCCCCUCAGGGAGCCAGGCAGCCAGGGGGAAAGUACCCAGACAUCUCCUCCCCUACUCUGCGCAGACUGUUCGGCGGCAAGCAGGCUAAGCAGCAGGCCCCAGUCACCACCGCAGAGAACAUGAAGAACUCCACCGUCAUCUCCAACCCCCAUGCCAACUCUGGCCAGCAGGGCGGCGCUCUGGACUCCCCCUCGGCCAGUAGCGGGAGCAGUAGCCCUCUGUAUGGGGGUGGAGGUCGUCUGGGUGUUGAGGCCCAUUCCCUCUCCCCCCUGGCUUCCAGCCCAGGCUCGGCCCUGUCCACCCCUUCCCACAGCCUGGCCUGGAGUAGCACCAUGAGCAGGGAUACCCUGAGCCCCGGCUACCCCUCCCUCAGCAGCCUUGCCACCAGCAGCGAGUCCAUCGAUGUGUCCCUGGGCAGCGGUGGCCACGGACACCACGGCCAUGGUCACGACACACUGCCAGCCUGCGUCAGGAACAACGGCAUCAAAACGGGAAUCUCAGAAAGUCUUAGCCCCCUCUCCUCUCCCUCAGCUAGUCCCAAAUUCAGCAGAAACACUUUACCCCGGAAACAGGACAGGUACGGCCACCUGCCCCAGCUGCGUAGUCAUGACGACCCCCGGGACUGGCUGCGUUCCCACUCUGCAGGAGGUCUUCAGGAGUCUGCCGGCAGCUCCCCCUUCUCCCCCGCUUCCAGCCUCACCUCGCCCUCCGGAGCCCGCUUUAACUUCUCCCAGCUUGCAGGCAGCCCUACCACAGCUGCACAAAUCAACCUGGCCAACCUCCGAAGCGGCCUGGCCAAUCAGGAAGGGCCGUGUGACCCGUAUAGUGAACGCCUGAGGAACUCGUCCAUGUCUCUGGAGGAGAAGAGUCGCACCAUGAGCAGCUCUGGGUCCUUCAGGGAUGGACUAGAGGAGGUCCACGGCUCCUCUCUGUCUCUAGUGUCCAGCACUUCCUCUGCCCACUCCAUGCCGGAGGAGAAAUCUCAGUCGGAGAUUCGUAAGCUGCGGAGAGAAUUGGACGCCUCCCAGGAGAAGGUGUCUGGUUUGACCACUCAGCUGAGUGCUAAUGCUCACCUGGUCGCAGCGUUUGAGCAGAGCUUGGGGAACAUGACCAUCCGUCUCCAAGGCCUUACCACCACGGCUGAGCAGAAGGAUUCUGAGCUGAACGACCUGAGGAAAACCGUAGAGCACAUGAAGAAGCAGAACACAGCAGCCCAGGCAGCCAUCGACGGUGUCAUCAACCUGCCAGAGCUCACAUGCAAAGGUGAUAGGCCAGCCAAUGAAAGCCCCCAGUCUCAGCAGGAUCUGUGUAUCCGCAGACAGCACUCGUCUGACAGUGUGUCUAGCAUCACCAGCGCCACCAGCCACUCCAGCGUGGGCAGCAACUUGGAGCUGGAUGCCAAGAACAAAAAGACGAAGAAGAACUGGCUGCGGAGCUCCUUCAAGCAGGCAUUUGGGAAGAAGAAGUCAUCCAAGUCUGCGUCCUCCCACUCCGACGUAGAAGAGAUGGCCGACUGUUCCCUGCCCUCCUCCCCCAAGCUAACUGCAUACAACGGCUCCACCGCCUCAACAGCCAUGAUCCGGAACUCCCACUCCAACUCUCUUCCCUUUCUCUCUCCCCUGCCUGUUAGUGGGCGUGGCUGGGGCGGUAUCACUGGGGUGUUGAGGACUGGUUCUCUCGCUCGGAUCUCAGAGUGCACAGACAGCGAGGCGGAGACGGUGAUGGCGCUCCGCAGCGAGCUCCGAGACAAGGAGAUGAAGCUGACUGACAUACGCCUGGAGGCCCUCAGCUCCGCCCAUCAGCUGGACCAGCUCAGGGAGUCAAUGAACCGCAUGCAGGGAGAGAUAGAGAAACUGAAGACCGAGAACGAUUGUCUGAAGAUGGAGACUCAGGGCGGCUGCAGCAGAGCAGCCUCACAAGCCUCAAUGGCAUCACCCUCAGCGGGCCAGUCACAGCAUAGCCUCGCUCUAACAGAGUCCACCAGCCUCGACAUGUUGUUGGAGGACAACGGGGACGGUAGCUCACGGAAAGAAGGACGACAUGUCAAGGUGGUCGUAACUCUAGAUGAGGAUGCCAAGUGGAAAGAGGAGCGCAGACCUCGCCAGUUCCUGCUUGGUUGCAUUGGUGUCAGUGGGAAAACCAAAUGGGAUGUGCUGGAUGGGGUGGUCAGACGUCUCUUUAAGGAGUACAUUAUCCACGUGGACCCAGUGAGCCAGCUGGGUCUAAACUCAGACAGUGUCCUGGGCUAUAGCAUCGGGGACAUCCAUCGCACACGUGGGACUGACACCCCUGAACUUCUGCCCUGUGGAUACCUUGUUGGAGACAGUGACACCAUCUCGGUCUCCCUCAAAGGUGUGUGUGAGCACAGCCCAGACGACUUGGUGUUUGAGACGCUGAUCCCCAAACCCCUGCUGCAGCGCUAUGUGUCUCAGCUCCAUGAGCACCGUCGGAUCAUCCUGUCUGGCCCCAGUGGCACCGGGAAGAGUUUCCUGGCCAGCCGAUUGGCCGAACACAUAGUGCUAAGGGAAGGGAGAGAGGUCACCGACGGGACCAUUGCCACGUUCAACGUAGACCACAAGUCCAGCAAGGAGCUGCGUCAGUACCUGUCUAACCUGGCUGACCAUUGCAACAGUACGAGUCAUGGGGUGGACAUGCCCCUGGUGGUAGUACUGGACAACCUGCACAACGUCAGCUCUCUAGGAGAGGUCUUCAAUGGCCUGCUCAGCUGCAAGCACCACCGAUGUCCUUAUAUCAUUGGAACAAUGAACCAGGCUACAUCAUCCACUCCCAACCUGCAGCUACAUCAUAACUUCAGGUGGGUGCUGUGUGCCAACCAUACUGAGCCAGUGAAGGGCUUCCUGGGUCGGUUCCUGAGGAGGAGGCUGAUGGAGACGGAGAUCAGCAGCCGGCAGCGCAACGCUGAGCUGGUGAGGAUCAUCGAGUGGAUCCCUACUGUCUGGCAUCACCUCAACCGCUUCCUAGAGUCCCACAGCUCCUCGGAUGUCACCAUCGGGCCCCGCCUCUUCCUGUCUUGUCCCAUGGAUGUGGAGGGAUCCAGAGUGUGGUUCACAGAUCUGUGGAACUAUUCCAUCAUUCCCUACAUGCUGGAGGCUGUCCGAGAGGGGCUGCAGAUGUAUGGGAGGAGAGCUCCUUGGGAGGAUCCAGCACGGUGGGUGAUGGAGAGCUACCCCUGGGCAGCCAGCCCCCUGCAACACGAAUGGCCCCAGCUGCUGCAGCUCCGGCCAGAGGAUGUGGGCUUCGAUGGAUACUCCAUCUCCAAAGAUGGCUGUCCCAGAAAACAGCUUCCCCAGGGAUGCACAGACGGAGACCCCCUGAUGAACAUGCUGAUGAGGUUGAAGGACGCAGCCCACUGCUCCGGCAGCACUCAGAGUUACGACAGCGACUCCAACAGCAACCAGGAUCCCCAUGAAGACAACAUGCUGGACUCACCACGGGAGUACACACUAUGAGUCUCCCUCUGUCAGCUAGUACUCACAUUGGGACAUAUCCUAAAUGAACAUACCUUUUGCGUUAAUCAUCCAUUGAUAUGAGGUUCAAUGUUCGGUCAUGUAUUUCAAGUUAGAAUUUGACCUUUGCGAUUUCAUGUCUUUAGGCAGUCAGAGCAUCUUAUAUACCAGUUGGAACUCACUAUUUACACUGUGUACUGAUACAUAAUAGAAUAAAUAGAUGUACUGGGUGCAGGUAACCCGAGAUGGAAAUCCCAGUCGAAGUUCAAUAGCCUGAAUAAUUUCACCUCAGUAUUUCUACUGUGUUCAGUGUUUAUUAGGAGUCUGUUUACAGUCACAGACAAAGACACAGCCAUAUAGAAUGAAUGACGUAGUUUAUGAGACAUCAAACCAGUUGCCUUGACUGUGACCUAAUCUAGGCUAUAGCUAUGUGGUCCAAACUGAGUAGCAAAAACUGUACAUACGGUCACUCCGCUUCACAGAGCUUGACCUGUGUGCAUUUUCUUAGUGAAGAGACAUCUCUUUGGUGCUUAACUUUCAAAUGAAGCCUUGCUGCCUUUAUUAACAACGGUGGUCACAUGCAUUGACAAUGCCUUUGAUAAACCUGAUUUCUAUAGAGGUGGUGCAGAGUUUAGGGGCUGCUAACGUGCUCGUACUUUGCUGAAAAUGACUCCACGUCGUUUAUGUGCAGCUAGCUGGUAGCGAGAAGGUCUAGGCUUUUGUUUUGGAUAUCUUGAAAUCAGUGAUACUUUUCGGAUUGUUGGUGCUCUAAUGAGGAAGAUGAGAACUUUACACCUCGUGAGCGUUUCAAACAGUAUCCCAAAAUGCCCUUGUUUGUCUUUUGUUCAGCUCUAGACAGAGCUCCAUCCCUGCAUGAAAUGUUCCUACACGGUGUUUCCCUGUAUAGAGGCGCAGUGGACAUGUAGACCCACAUCUGAAAGGUCUCUAGCUAGAAAAGGAUCAGAGCGACUGCAUGGCUUUGAGACGGAGGCUGGCGUGUCUAGAUGCUCAUUCUGAAGAAUUGGCACCGGUUCCAUUUGCGUCCAGUGUUAAUGAGAUCCUGGGAGUUGCUGUAUUGAAGUAACUAGGCUUUAUUCCCUCAUAAAAUGGAGUAUUCUCAGAGCAGCUUACUCUACUAUGAGGUACCACUUUGGUUGCUCCCCCUCACAAUGUCCCCAUUAUCUGUCAGUGUUGUUGCUAUUCAUCCCAUGAGUGUUCUUAGUAACAAAUUCUUUUCAACAUUCAUUUGGAACUUUCGACUGAAGCCAAAACAGUUUACUUGUAUUUUUAAGUAUUGUCAAGAUUUGUAUUGCAGGUACAUUGAACUGUGAAUAUUUUGCAAGGUUGAAAUGUUCACUAGCAUAUCUUGCUGGACUGUAAAGGGUGGUGCAAGCACAAAUCAAAGUGGUCGUUUGUCUUUUCUUGGUCCCACACAGUUAGGAUGUUGGAAUGAUGUAAAAGGUAUGCUAUUGAAUCUAGUGGUUGAUAAUUGUUGAGUUGUUUGAAUUUUGUUUAUGCACAUUUUUAUUUUGUAAUGUGAAGAUGUAUAUAUUUGAUCAUGAAUCCCACGUUUUCAAAACAUUUUCUGUACAUCUUUUACUAAACUACAGAGUAAUGUGUGUAGGCCUACAGUUAGGUUUCCUCCACAGGUUGUUCCUUUUUCUAUAAGAGUGAACAACUAUGAGACUGUGAGAAUAAAUCUGGUCACAACACGGUACUUUCCAUCUUUCUUAUUUUUUUAUUCAUAGAGAAAUCAAUAAACCAGUGUUUAUUUAUUAA